AUGUUGUUGUUUCACCUUGGACACCCCAGGUACAUCAGCGAGGAGUACGGCGGCCAGGCGCUGCACCCCAUCGACGUCAUCGACGCGUCAUCGGGCCGCACGCUGCGGUCGCUCGUGGACGGCAACCUCACCACCAUCAGCCCCGUGGCCGCGUUCCACCCCAGGCGCGACCUCAUAAUCAGCGGCAGCAGCGGGAGCCUGUACUGCUGGCGCCCGAGCGGCGGCAGCGGUGGCGGCGGCGGCGGCGGCCCGGGCCCCGGGUUUGGGCCGGGCUUUGGGCCUGGCGGCGGCGGCGGCGGCAGCGACGAUGACGAGGAGGGCGGCGACGACGGGGGCGGCGGCGGCGGCGGGGGUGCCAAUGGCACGAGGAAGGCGGGCAUUUCAUCCUCCUACGUCUUUUUUGAUGCGGACGCGGGGGCCGCCAAGAAGAAGGCAGCCGCCGCAGGCAGCGGCGGCGGCGGCCGCGGCGGCCGCGGCGGGCGCGGGGCGGCAGGGCGCGGCAGGGGGCGCGGCCAGGGCCGGGCGGGCGGGAAGCGCAAGGCGGCAGACGCCGGGCUAGAGUCCCAGGGGGGUUCUGAUCAGGACAGCGAUUAG